AUGUCCUCUUCUAUCCAUAGCCGCAAUGGUGAGCCCAGUGAGCAUCUUGACCCUAAUUCCGCUUCAGGUGAUGGACUCACCUCCUCUGUCGACUCGAUCUGGAAUGUCGCCCCUCUUGACAAGAUUAGAUUUGCUGCGCUUGCCACCUAUCUUUACCAUGCUGACCGACAAAAAGUCGUCGAGACUCAGGAGCCGCCCGAAGGAGUAGAACCAGACAUAGACAAUACUCCUAGCUCCCUCAAGAAGCGAUUCCUGGAUCGUCUGGCCAUGUUGCUUGCUAACCAGAAGCGCGCGAUCGAUCCACCGCGUGAGCAUAGCAUCGAGCGUCCCACGUAUGCUAAUGUUACCGCCACGGCUUUGGCAGAGUCUGACAAUAAGAUCACGGUGUGGAUUGCGAAGAACGAUGGAUUGGACAAACGAGACAUAGAGUUUGUUGACAAACUUUCGAGUUGGCUGAACAAACUUGCUGAUCUUGAGAGAUGCGAGAUCCACAAAAUAUCCCUCAUGCCAACAAGUGAUACUUUUUGGCAUCAUGUGGUCGACUUCUCUAGAUCGAGAAUAGAUUUUGAAAUUGCUGGCAUUCGGAAAGAAUUGAAAAAUUGGGAGAAAUGUGAAAAGACUUUGCGUGAAAAGCUAAAGACAGGCGACAAAGCGCUGGAAAGCCUCCUCAGCCGAAUUGGAAAGCUGGUUCACGAUUGUGCAUGCGAGAGUGCAUUCAAAUACUCGAAACCAAUUCUCGAACGAGCACAUUACAUCCGCUCCGAUAGGAAUGUCACCAGACUACUAGCUUGCCUCAAGCCCCGACCAUCUCAGACCGACGCAAGGGACAGGUCCGUCGGGGCCACAGCACAUCAACAGACGAAAGCAGGAGCAACGCUUGAAAAGGUCUGGAGAUACAUCGGCUUUCUUGGCCGAUAUCUUUCCUCCUGGAAAUCAUUCAUCCAUUUUGUUCUCAAAUUCCCGAAUCACCGUUUUCAUCUCGAAAGGAUCCAACCUCUGGAUCUCAAAUCCUUCAGAUCAGAUCUCACAAAGCAGGUCCUUCUCAAGGAAAUCAAGACUUUAACAAAGAAUGAGAAAAUUCAAAAUAAGUUAGAAAAUAUACUCGAGGACGAUAUGCCCGACAGGUUCGCCGUUCACUGCGAAAUGCAACUGCUGAUAUAUUUCGACAUGCACCCUGAGCACAAUUGCUUCCGUUACCUCGGCUGCAGUAAGAAACCCUGCUGGAUGUGCUCCGUAAUCCUCGAAAGCCAUGGACGAUUUUGCACUAAGUCAAGUCAUGGUCAGAGAGUGGGAUUCUGGGGCCUUGAUGGUCCUCAAAAACUCUCUAGCCUCGUGUCAGCUGUGCGGAAAUUGCAGGAGAAAAUGGAGGCCCGAGUGGAGCAACUCAGUAAAGGUCCCACAAAUCGGCAGCAGAAUCGACGGAAUCAAAUGUCAACAAUAGAUUUGUCGACGCCAGAAGAACGCAGGAUGGGGGAGGAGCAAAUACGUAAAAUGAGUGAGGGGUGGGGGAUCGUUUGGUUUUUUGAGUAUUAUCUCAAUCUUCUCAAACAAAAACUCUCCGAGUCACCCGAUAUUCUGAGACUGGCCCUCGUUGGUUUCCGGCACUUGGGACUGGCGAAGAGGUGGAGGUUGACACUGCAUAUGAAUAUUGGGAGGCCGGUGGAGUGUUUUGGGACGAGGUGGGGACCUAUCAACAUGAGCACUCAUUACGGAGAGCGUCUUGUCACCAAGAUAGUGUUCGAGGCCGGCACUUUUGGAAAUCAGGUUGAGCUUCUCAAAGAUUGGGGCUGGCAUGAAGAGGAUCUUCUCUAUCGAGGCUGGGCUGGCGAGAGAAGUUUCGAAGAUGGUCCAGUGCUGGUGCGGAGUUAUAAGAUUUACUGGAGAACGUGCGUGAGCUAA